AUGUGCCCUCUGAGGCUGAUCCUGAUCUUCCUCUCAGCCACGCUCGCCGGAUUCUUCGUGCUUCGGGGGCUCAACUCGCGGGCGGCGGAGGACGGCGGCGAGGCGGCGGCAGAGGGAUCCGCCGCCGGCGGAACCCUGCCGGAGGAGGAGGAGACUCUCUGUGGCAAGGUAGGGAAGGACGAUCCGGCAAGCUCUCCCCCUCCGGAACUCUCUGAUUGGCUUCGAUUUUGGCAGAUCCGGUCGGCAAUGCGGUCUGGUUUCUGGACGUUCGUGGACAUGGCUAGCGGGCGAUAUCUGUGGCGGAGCUUUGUCCCCGAGAAGAGAUGCUGA